AUGAGAGGGAUAGAGACCUCCGGCCCUACAAGAUGUUCAACACCUCCCUCAGACAACUUCACCAACAACUCCUCCGUCAGCGCUGGCUCUCUCAAGAAUGGCAUAGGCCUCGCAUGGGCAGUGUCCGGGGGCGGCGGCAGGAACGUGGGUGGCGUGAGUAUGGGAAUGGAAGUGGGCCUCGGACCAGGGACGAUCAACAUGACCAAUGUCCUCGACUUCUUACUGACGUCAGCUCAGUUACACCGAGUCGCAGAGGCCACCACAGAGAAGGAUGGUUUGCUUGACUCAAUCCUACCCUACAUGGUCUCCUCUCUCAACUUGGGCGGCACACCCACCCUCACGCCCACCCAACCUGCCCCCAAUCGCUCCCGCACACCCACGCCCACACCCAAGAUCUCCUCCUCCUCCUCCAGUAAGGGCGGGGCGCUGGGGGUGUCCUCCGCCAACCACAGCAAGUCCCCCGCGAGAGACAGCCUGGCCAGGGACCCAUCAAGAAGGACCCCCACACCCACCACUACCUCCACCCUUGCUACCCCAGUCCUUAAGGAAGACUCUCGUCCUCCCAUGGCGCCUUCGGUCUUCAGGGGCGUGCCAGACAGGAGCCCCGGUAUAGUGAUCCACGUAUGUGACGAGGCCAGAGGACUCCGCCAGGACUUCACCUGCCAGGACCUUCUCAUCCACCACAUAGGAUACUUCGCUGACGUCACAGCAGGCCAGCGACUCGAAGACGUGGACAUAUCCGUUCACUGUGACGUCAGCAUCUUCGAAUGGCUCUUACGCUGGGUCAAGAAAGGUCAAACUGAGGACCACGUCGCCCCUGUCCUAGUGCCUAAGACGGCUGUAUCCAUCCUCAUCUCUGCGGACUUCCUCAAGAUGGCGCCCCUGGUGGAGGAGGUCCUGCAGUACGUCCACGACAACAUCAACCUCAUCCUCGAGGCCCAAGUUAACCUCAACUGUCUCUCGGACGUCAUACUCGCCAGGUUGGCGCGGGUGUUCACACACUGGGAGCUGGAGGGGCUCAGGGACCGCCGGGACAGGAUACAAAACAAAUUGUACGCUCGUUUCCUCCAAACACUCUGUGACGUCACGCCAGCCCCCUCCCGCGGGAUCUUCAAGACGGCCGCGACGCUCUUCAAAUGUAGUGAAUGUGGUGAGCUGGUGAGUAAAGGUGUGGAUCGUCUGGUGACUUGUGUCCCUGCCAACACCUCCGUCACCGCCUCUGGCCACGUCUACUACACCCACUCCAGAGACGCCAGUUGGAGCCUGACGGAACAUGUGCGACAGUUGAAAACAGACCUCAAGACAUGGAGGCUCGUAUACUGGAGACUCUGGGGACAGGUCCACUUCUUGCCAUGUUCGACGUGUGGUGCAGUCUUCCCAGGAUAUGAGAUGCGACUUUGUAGGACCCAUCGCCUGGACGCGUCAUCUUGCGACCUGGAAGUCCUCCUCUCAAGCGAUGUGUACCCGUGUUGCGGCGCCCGAGCCCUUAGGUUCUCCCCGCUCCCCGUCAGAAAUGGGUGCCAGGUGACGGAUCACACGGUACAGCUGAGCCAGGGCGGGGACGAGGAGACGUGGGGCCCCAUCCCUCUUAUCUACGAUGAUCUCCUCACCUUCCAGCUCCUUGUAUGUCUUGAUCCCCCACAACACCUCAGUCCCUCCCACAAGUGUGUGUUGUGGGCGGGGGUUCCCCUCGUGCCUGCCAUCAAGGGGGAAAAAAGCUUCCUAGACCGUUCCUGGCUUGCCCACUACUUACACGGUGAACGUGACACACACCCGAGCAUCCGCGUGGGGGUGAGCGAGGGUGGGACUCCUGCCACUAAUAUGGGGGCGCCCUCCGUCAGUGUCGGCGCCAGCAGCGAGAGUUCGUCGGACGAGGAGGAGGGAGGAGGAGGCCGCUCUACCCUCACUUCGCGUUUUAAAGCCAACCUCGUGCGACGGGCUGCCCGCGCCAGACGCACCAUCGCCUGCGAGGUGAUGGCGGAGCCCAGCCUACGGUGGGACGCUGGUCGGUCUACCCGCCACAACCAGGAUGCCCAGCGGGAACGAGAAACUCGUGCCCUGCGAGAUCUCACCUCCUGGCUCACACUUGCCGCCCCCAACACCCACGACACCGCCCAUGGCUCUCACAAGAGCCACCGCGGGCGUCCCGACCGACGGAGGGAGUGUGCAAAUGGCCCCGACCCAGGGUGCUACUACAGGCUGGAGGCCGAGUUUAGAGAACGUUACGGAGGACACUCACACGGCAACGGCACAGGAGGAGGCGGUACUUUCCGGGCCAAGGUGCAGGCCAUCUCCAGGAUCAAGAUGAGGCUUAGACAUCGUGCAGCUUUCUCAGCAUCUCGCUAAUUAUGGAGCCCGUAGAGGCGAUCGUCUUUACUCAGGUCUCGUCUACACAUAUUAGGAUUACUCGUCCUAGGAUAUGGAAGAGGAGAGAGUAUUGUUGUCAUGUUCUGUGUUUGUGCAUGUACUGUAUGUAUGUGUGUGAGAGAUACUUCAGAAGGUACAAGUACUUAAUCACUGUAUAUCAAUAUUGUAGCCGCCCGUCGGGCGAUUGUAGGAUAAUGAGACCCAUCACGUUGAACGCAAUUGUUCUUUAUUCAGUCAAAACCUGCAGAGUACAAAAUUACAUAUGAGAUAAUUAAAUCACUCGUAAGUUUCCUGCAUUAUUAACAACUACAUAUGAUAUCCAUUAGUGUAGUGUUAAACCAUAUAACACUUACUGUACGUGUUAUUGGUCUAGGGCAGGACUUGUUAGCCCCCUGGACGGCUAGAGACCGUCUUCUGAACCACACUUUUUCUUUUUUCGUUUAUCCUCUUCAACAAAAGAUCGGCUCGUUAGCCGCUUG